CAGAUACAUUGUAAUAAAUCACGGACAACUAUAGUCAAUCAAGUCUACCAUCUCAUUACUCAUUACUUGAAUAAUUUUACCCUUUUAAAUACCCUUGUAAAUAAUUAGCCAAAUUACCUUUAAGAAAUGUAUAAAAGAAUGUUUUACAACUCGUUAUUAAUAAAAGUAUUUUUCGUAGCGUUAUUAUUGCCAAGUUUUUCAAAAGCUGGAGAAAGUUUCGGAUUUUUCGAAGGUCCGAAUGCUUACACGUAUACGCGAGAUGGGCUAAAAUCUCACAUCGAAUCUGCAACUUCUCGAGUAUCCAAUGAAUUUAAUCCGGAAAUUUGUUCGAGACCUGAACAUAAGGAGCUGAUGGAAAGGCUGAAGAAAUAUCAGCCCUCCGUGGACAGAAUUAAGCAAUCGGUUGUUUCUGGGUCUUACAAGAACACGACGUACGAGGGAUUAGUCGACUUUCUCGACACCUUCGGACCCCGGAUAAGUGGUUCGGUAGCAUUGGAGAAAUCCAUCGACUACCUUCAAGACGCGUUUGAAAGCUCACAAGGAGUCGACAUAAUGUGGACUCAACCUGUGGAUGUGCCCAAGUGGGAGCGUGGCGAAGAAUCAGCCCGAUUGGUAACAUCUUCAAACAGAAGCUUGGCAAUGUUCAGCCUGGGCCAAUCCGUUCCAACGCCCUCGAAUGGAAUUAUUGCAGACGUCGUCGUAUUUAACGACUAUAAAUCUUUGGCAGAAAAUAUUGCAAAUGUGCGAGACCGGAUAGUCGUUUGCAACUUUAUCGGAGUAGAAGGUGAUAUUCUGGACACAAAGAACACGGGUUAUCCUCAAGUUGCGGACAACGGUGGUCUGGCAAUUUUGUACAAAUCAGCCGCAACGUUUUCUUUGUACACGCCCCACACCCGAAGAGCUAAUCUGUACUACAACGGCGUCUCAAAAGAAAUUCCCAUCGCCUAUUUGACCACCGAAGAUACAGCUUUGCUAUCCCGGAUUUAUGCCAGAGGGGAGCAGAUAACAAUGGAUUUGAAAAUUUUCAACAAGUACCACAACGACGUUACUGAGUCUAGAAAUCUAUUUGGAGAUUGGGUGGGUUUAGCUCUUCCCGAGGAACACGUGAUCCUUUCUGCCCAUACGGACUCUUGGGACGUAGGUCAAGGUGCACAGGACGACGGUGUAGGAAUUUAUCUGGUGGUACAAACUAUGAAUUUGUUGAGUGAGUUGGGUCUGCGUCCUCGGAGGACAAUUCGUUCGGCACUUUGGACUGCAGAGGAGUAUGGCUUCAAUGGGUCGGCGACAUACAUCAAAGAAUAUUACAGAACGGCUGAACAAAUGGAGAAGGUGACGUUGGCAAUGGAGGCAGAUUACGCCUGCCUGGCGAAUGGUGGCUUUAUCUUUCACGCCAACUACCAAGGGAAUCCUUUGAGGCCUCAUAAUUUAAUGACUCACGAAGAACUCGGGUGCAUUAUGACCUCGAUCAAUGAGAUGCUCGGGAGUGACGUUACCCUGGGCUUGGUGUAUGAAUCCGACUCUUAUGGAACGGAUUUGGAUCGUUUCAUUGACCUCGACAUUCCAGUGGUGAGUCUGCUGGGCGAUGAUGGACGAUAUUUCUGGUAUCACCACACGGAUUCGGACACCGUCUCUGCCCUCAACCCUUUACAACUUGAUUACUGUUUGGCAAGUUGGGCGUCGGCAACGUACAUCUUGGCGGACUUUGCGUAUUCGACAGAAAGGAGUGGUGGGUCGCCGAGUUUGACAUAUAAUUUCAUGACCCUUAUUUCUAUUUCUGCUCUAUUUAUUAACAGUAUGAUAUUGACAUGAACCAAAUAACGUAUGUAUGUAUAAAAUGCUUAACAUGUAUCUGAACGUAUACUUGAAUAGUGUCUAAUGUAUUAGUUCCUUAUUUAGUAAAAACGAGUGCAGUGUUGAUUUACAAAAUAUUCGAUUCCGGUCUUGGGAAUCGUUUUAGCAAUUGGAUCUUUUCUUCUCUGGUUAAACGUAAACAAUUAUUGUGUGCGGCUCAUAUUCAUGUUCAUAUACGCUGUUGUAGAUUUUGAUUUAAUGGGGCUAUAAAAAAGAGGUUGCUAUCCUAUGAUAGAUAUUCAAUCAAGGAAUAAUAUUAAAUUUAUCGUUUAAUUUUCCCUUUACUGGUUCAUUAACUGUCACUUAUUAAUUAUUAAAAAGUGACAGUUUAUUAUUUAUGAAGACAUUGGGUAUGUAAGCCGAAGGUGUAAAUAUUAUUGAAAUACAUAUUUUAUUUUUACUAGCAAAUGCAUAAUUUUCAACAUUGCAAAAUUGCUAAUUUGCAUGAAACAAACCAAACAUAUAUAAAAAUUAAAGUUGGGUGUAUGAAAUAUUAAUAAAUUAAGAGCUAAUUAUUCUGGCUGAGAUGAAUGUUCAACGAAGGUCACGGCUUCGUGAAUAUCGACUGGUCUCACGGUCGAGCACUAAAAUAUAUAAGAGCACAAACUGUUAUUGAAUUUCAUUAUUAGAAUAUAAAUCACACAAGUAAAACCCA